AUGAAUUCGGCAGGAGUUGUAGUUCCCAGAAGCUUUCGGCUUUUGGAUGAGCUGGACCGAGGGGAAAAAGGUAUCGGCGAUGGUUCGGUGAGCUACGGCAUGGACGAUGCGGACGACAUCUACAUGCGCUCAUGGACGGGAACCGUGAUCGGCCCUAACAACUCUGUGCACGAGGGUCGCAUCUACACAGUGAAGCUUUAUUGUGAUAAGGACUACCCAGAACGGCCACCAACUGUGCGAUUCCAUUCACGCAUCAACAUGCAUUGUGUCAACCAGGAGACGGGUGUGGUGGAGCCAAAGCACUUCCCGCUAUACAGCAGCCUCCGGAAGGAUCAACCUUCUGAUUUUCUGCGCGGUUGA